UGGCCCCGCCCCUGGCUCCCAUUUCCGGUAUCUCGGGCUGUUUCCAGGCUGUGAUCCCGGUACCGGCAGCUCCACAGCGGACCCAGCGACACCCGGACCCAGCCGGUACCGCCCGAUACCAUGAGCGGCCAGGAGGACAUGGAGCUGAUCGCGAACCUGAGAGACCGGGCCAUAGAGCAAUAUGAAGAACUUGUGACUGAAAACGAGACGACAAAAAAUCAGUAUGACCAGGUUAAGAAGGAGCGAGAUGAUGCUGUCAAAAAGUUGGAAGAGUUCAACAAAAUCUCUCAUAAGGUUAUUGAAGAAGUGAGUUUCAUACAAAGUAAUCUAGAGAUCGAGAAGACCUGUCGAGAGAGCGCCGAGGCUUUGGCUUCAAAGCUGAGCAAAGAAAACAAGAACCUGAAACGGAUUAGUAUGCUGUGCAUUGCCAAACUGGGGCCCGACGUCAUCACCAAGGAGAUCAGUCUGGACGAGGGCGAUUCGGCAUCGGACGACGGCGGAACUGCUGUGUGCACGUCACUCGAGUGUCAGCAGAUAAUUAAAGAACUUGGAGAGCGAUCAUUAGCCUUCCAGCAAGGGAAGCAAUUGGUGGAGUCUGAGCUGGAAUCCCUGCGUUCUAAGCUGGUGGAUUUAAUAGAAGAGGUUAAUAUUACAAAGAAAGAAAAUGUCAUGUUGCGUAAAGAGGUUUCUGACCAAAGGAAGAUUCUACAAAAAUAUAAUAGAGUGUCCAUGUUGGCAGUUGAGGAGUACGAAGAGUUACAAACCAAUUUAGAGAUGGAGAAAGAUCUGCGGGAAAAGGCGGAGUCACUGGCGCAUGAGAUGUAUAUUGAACAAAACAAACUUAAGCGACAAAGCCACCUCCUUCUGCAGAGCUGCGCUCCCAAUGACCAGCUGCUAAAGGCACUCGAGGAAAAUGCUAAAUUAACUCAAGCGUUAGAAGAAGACCGCAUCCAGCAUCAACGAAAGGUUAAGGAAUUAGAGGAAAAAUUAGAAGAGGACAAACUCCAAAAAGAAAUCGAAAGCCUUAAGAAACAGAUGGACCUGUUAGAAGAGGACCGGAGAGACUUGGAAGCCAAAUUUCAGAGUUCAGAGUCUACUGUUCGGGAUCUAAAGCACUCAGUGGAAGCUCUCCAGAAACGGAUACAGCAAGCAGAGAACCCACCUCCACCACCACCUCCGCCCCCUCCCCCACUACCUCCUCCACCUCCCAGCGCGAUACAGUCUUUUAUAUCACUAAUUCGGAAGAAGCCUGGUGUUUCUCCUAAUGCCUCGAAGAAGGAAUCCCCUGCUCCGUCAGACUCUGGGAGCAAAGACGAUAUUAAAAGACAGGCUGUAGAAGAAAUGAUGGAUCGUAUUAAGAAAGGGGUUCACCUCCGUCCUGUACAAGCAAAUCGAGUGAAGCCCAAGCAGGGGACACAGGAAGCAGCAGCGCCGCCUGCUGGAUGUGUGGAGGAAGUGAAACCGGUAGAGACAAAUCCUUCAAGCAGCGCUGUACAGGAACUUCGGGGAAUUGUGAACUCUAUGAAUGCUUCUAGCGGAGCAAGGCGGGUGAGAGAGAUGGGCACAGCCGCCACAGAAUCAGAACUGGAAACUAUUCUACGACGCAGAAAAGUGACAACUGAUCAAGAUAUGUCCAGCCGGGCAGGGGCACUCGCCACCCUUGAAUCUAAGUCCAUGCCAGUUUUAGGCUCUGCCACCAGUUCAGCCCUCAGCCAAAAACCAAAAGAAGCCGAAUUAAAGGCGGGCUGCACAAAGUCAGUGGGAAAGGAGAAUUUACUAUUUAAAGAAAACAAGGUGGAUUUAAAGGCUGCAUCUCAGUCUGCAGAGACUCUUCGCUACACAGGAAGAGAAAUGAAGGGCAACGUUGUAGAAGGAGCGAUAGACAUCGCGCUGCAGUCCAGCAUCUCUGAAACAGGUCCGACCCUAGGAACUGACACCGCGAACAAGAAAGCGAAGGAGACAGACAGCUCAAACUGUUAAUAAAAAAAGAAAAGUUUUACUGUGAGGGUAUUUUUAAACCUAUGUUUCCAAAGGAAUAAACUAUAGUUUUAUUCCCUGAAUUUUGGCAUUUACAAAGAAGCAACAAAAGGUAAUUUUUUUUGUGUAGAAUAAUGGUAAAUAACGAGCGCUAGAGAACGGAGGGAAGGUUUUGGAGGACAUGUGAGUGGUAAUUGCUUCUGCAAUGCAACAACAACAAAAAGCACAAUUUAAACAAAACAACCUUCACAUGAUCUAUAAAGCCGAACUGAUACUUGUAUACGUGUGGAAGUACGUGAUAGACACAAGUUUCCACUUUCUUUGGUCUAGAAAUGCCACUUUUAUCUCAGCUCCUAAAGACCAGCCACAUUUUAAUUUCUAAACACAUGCACGAGCAGUAGUAAUGAUUGCACACGCACUUAACAAGAUCAGGGACCAAAGUGCACAUAAAGUCCUGCAGGAAAUAACGGGACAAACAGAGCAAUCUCUGGUCCUCUCCUAGAAUUACAACAUCGCAGUCACAUUAAUUAUGACACGUGGAUAUCUGCAAGUCUUAACAUAAUCUCGCUGCCUAUUUCUGAUGGAACAUUGUUCCAUGAAUAUGCGGACGAUGACCACUACACCAUACUGCCUCCUGUGGCUUGAAAACAUUGGAAAGUGACGAGCUAUCCAACCUAUCUCUGGAGCCAUGAAGCUGUCGCUGUAAACCUUUACUUUUCAUGCAGUUUUCUUUCUUUUCGGCUCCAUGUUUGCUGCCCAAAGAGAACCCCCCGUCCUCCGAUGACAGUUGGGGAAACAUGCCACUCCUGUGUUGCUUUCCAUGUUUGAAUUUGUGCACUAAACAUUUAGCUGAAAUAAAUGUAAGUGUUUACAGGGUCAUCUUUAUUGCACCAUAAUCAGGAUCAGGGAGAGCUAUUCUCAGUAGAAAGAGGGAAGUGCUCAUGCCAUUGUACAGAACACUGGUGAGACCUCACUUGGAGUAUUGUACGCAGUACUGGAGACCAUAUCUCCAGAAGGAUA